AUGGCCAAUCUCCGAUCUGUCAGCCGUUUGUUAACAGUUCCUGUGAUUUUUGGGAUGUGCAAAAUUUUGGUGAGUUUUUGGGCAAAAAAAUUAAGGUAACUUUUCCGCUGUCAAAUUCUGGACUGAAAUUCUUUUGAUCUACCAAAAUUCAUAAGCAAAACUCAAUUUUUCUGGUCUCAAAAUCCAUUCUCAAAUAAUUUCCUUCCAGAAAUCAAAAUGCCAAGUUCCUGCAUCUCCCGAAUCCCCAUUCUUCUGCAAACCCUAUUUCUCAUCAAAGGACCAAAACCUGGAUUUCACAUUUUUCUUCAAACUCGCGAUUGUAGCUGCGGCUGCUUAUUUGCUGAUGGAAGUUAUCGCAUUUCUCAUUGCGAAAAUCUUGAGACAACUUGGUUUCUUCAGAAAUUAA